AUGGAUCAUCUCUUCUGGAGAGUCUCUCCACCGAUGGAGGACCAUCAAUUUGCAUGGAUACUUUGGUAUAUUUGGAAAGGAAUGAACAAUAAAGUGUUCAAUAAUAUGGACAUGGAUCCAAGAGACACGCUCAAAUUGGCAGAAACAGAGUCAACACUUUGGGCUGAUGCACAUGGAUUGACCGAGACCAGGAUAGGGUCCCAUGCUGAGGUUACGACUCUCCCAUCAAUUCCGGGGAGAUGGUGUUUUACAGAUGGUUCUUGGAAGGAGAAUGAAGUUUUCUCUGGGCAAGGUUGGCUAAGUACUUUAGAAGGCUUUGAUGGGUUGUUAGGAGCAAGGAAUGUCCGAGCUUGUCUAUCCCCUCUACAUGCGGAGAUAGAAGCACUACUUUGGGCAAUAGAAUGUAUGAAAAAUUUACGCCAGUUUCAGGUUACAUUUGCAACGAAUGACUUAUUGCAUGUGGUUUCCCCAGAUCUAGCGCCGAAUUAG